ACUUUGGGUGAAAACUCACCCCUGCACAUCGUCCACAGUAUCAUGCGCGACCUACACGGGGCCACAGUCAACUGACAUUGGAGACAAUGUAUGUUGGGAACAAAAUACUUUGUUAGUGCAACUCCAUAGACAUAUCUUAUCCUCUUUGGACUCAUUUCUUGUUUCGAUAUUGGACAGCCUGAUGUCUCUGUAGCAUACUAUCGUUGAUCUUUGAUGCAUGUUGUGUGUGUGUUUUUGUAAACACGUGUGAAGUUUGGUUAAAAUUGUUUCAAACGUGUUACCGAUUUAGUGAAGUUACUAAACAGUCGUAAAAUAUGGUUUCGAAACGGAAAAAGAAGUAUCAGUCCGGAGAAGGAGCACAAUACGUUUCAAGAAAGCAAGCAAUGAGAAUGCUACAGUUGUCCCUUAAAGAUUUUAGACGGCUUUGCAUUCUUAAAGGCAUAUAUCCAAGAGAACCAAGGAACAGAAAACGGGCACAAAAAGGUGCGAGUGGAAUAAAAACACUCUAUCACAAGAAGGAUAUCCAGUUUUUGAUGCAUGAACCUAUUAUAUGGACUUUGCGUGACUAUAAGAUAUUUGGGAAGAAGAUAGGAAGAGCCAAAGCUGUCAAAGAUUUCGAAACUAUGAAACGUUUGCUAGACAAUCACCCAACAUUAAAAUUAGACCAUAUUGUGAAAGAGCGAUAUCCAACUUUUAUUGACGCAAUUCGCGAUUUAGAUGAUUGCCUCACGCUUCUUUUCUUGUUUUCGACCUUUCCUUCGUUAAGACAUGUUCCACGAGAUCAGUCGGCACUUUGUAGACGGUUAACAGUUGAGUUCAUGCAUUACGUGAUUGCAGCAAAAGCUCUUCGGAAAGUUUUCAUCUCCAUAAAGGGGUAUUACUAUCAGGCAGAAAUUAAGGGACAAACUGUUACGUGGAUAGUGCCACAUCAUUUCAGUUUUCAGCCACAAUCAAAGGAAGAAGUUGACUUCAAAGUAUUGUCCAUAUUUGUGGAGUUUUAUCUGAUCAUGCUGGGAUUUAUUAAUUUUCGUCUCUAUCAUUCACUGAACCUUUACUAUCCACCAAAGUUUGCUGGAUAUUCAGCUGGUGAUUGUGAUAAGUCAAUGGUUGAUGAGGAUUACUACGUAUCUGAACGAAUAGCUGCUCUUAAUGUUACACUGGCUCGCACCAGCAAUAAUACAGAAGAGGAAGAAGCUGAAGUGGAUCAGUUCCCAAUGAUUGAAGAUCCUGAAAAAUUGGAAGAAGCAAAACUGGAAGCAGAAAAAAUCAAACGAUUAAAAUCGCUGUUUGAAGGUUUAAAGUUCUUCAUUAAUCGAGAAGUACCACGUGAGCCUUUGGUGUUCAUAAUUCGCUGUUUUGGAGGAGAAGUCUCGUGGGACAAGCUGUCAUUUGUUGGAGCUACAUUUGAUGAGUCAGAUGAAACAAUCACUCAUCAGAUUGUUGAUAGACCAAGUUUGGAGAAGCAGUACAUUUCAAGGUACUACAUUCAGCCACAAUGGGUAUUUGAUUCUGUAAAUGCUCGACAGUUACUGCCCGUUGAGAAAUAUUUUGUUGGAGCCAUUCUGCCACCACAUCUUUCGCCAUUUGUGGAUGCAGAACGUGAGGAGCAGUAUAUCCCUCCUGAAGAACAACAGCUGCGUGAUCCUUCAUUAAUCGAGCAGAAAGAUUCUGGAGAGAGCAGUUCUGAUGACGAAGAUAAUGCAAGUGAUGAAGAUGCCGUUGAUAAGAAUAAACAGAACUCCAAAGAAAAGCGCAGUCAUAAGAAAGGUAAAUCUGAGGCAGAUAAGUCUGAAGCAGAAGCUGACAACAAAGCUGAUGAUACUCCAAGUGGAGGAAUUGAAAGCCAACGAGAAGAAAAACGCAAGCGUAUGUCAGUUACUGCUGGCACAGUUUCUCUUGAAGAUCCAAUGGAGAAGGUGCGGCAGGAUCGUCAAGAAUACAGAUUGCGAGAGAAAAUGAUAGCAAAAAAGCAUCGUAAACUAUACCGUAGUAUGAUGGAGGGCAGAACUGAGAGGGCUAAAGAAGUAUGGCUGUUGCGAAAAAAGCGGCAACAGAUAGAAGCAGAAGAAAAACAACACCGCAAACGAGAGCGAAGGGAGGCACAAGUCUCUGCUGCUACAUCUGUAACAUAGUGUGAUUGUUUGUAACAAAUAUGAAAGGUACACCACGGUUCUUACAGCAAUAUAGUAUAGGCCAGUUCAUUUUUUAUUUUGGCAAACAACAGUAUUGGUGCAAUGUCACAUGAAUUUACACUAUGAACUAAAACCAGUCUGUAAGUCAAAGGACACUGGCUUUUAAUAAAAGUGAAAAUGAAAAUCCACGAAAAAGUACAGUGUUUGAAACAAAUUGAUUUGUUGGUUUCACCUAAUCAAGUUCAAGAAUUUAUUUUUAUCAUUAAUUUUAAAAAUUGUUGAUACUUAACUUUGUAAAUAAUUGUACGUAUUGAUUGUGACUAAGACAUUUUCAUCGUGGUCAGCAUCUUUUGUAACAGAAGUGCUUGUUGCCUUUCUAGAAUAUAAAUUAUUCUGAGAAUGA